UUACAAAACCAUCUCAAAUCAAAAGACAAAACGCAAACAUAUCAUUAAACCAACCAAAAACCUAGGCAAGAGUCAAAACGCCCAACAAAUUCCAGCGCAGUUCCCGGCAUUCGUCACCAGGGAAAUGCCAGGGCCAGGUCCGCACCUCAUGUAUGCGAUGAGCUCUGGCGUAGCUCUGACCCACCUCACCAAGGGGCGUUUCUCCCCUCACCACACCCUUACUUACACUCUCAACGCCUUCUUUGGCCCUGACAUAGGCUCCUUCUCAGAGUGGCUAAGCUCUACUUUCUUUGCUGGCUCUUCCUUUGUCUCUUCUUUAGCUGAUGCAAUCCAUCAUCCUUUUUAUUAUGUGUUCAUUCUGGGGUUCCCUUUAUGCGUUUUCUACUCUUGGGUAUCAAGUGUUUCGGUGCGAAGAGGUUUACUUGAUUCUGUUUCUGGGGUGCCACUUUCAAGGAGUCAGUGCUUAUUGUUGAUGUCAGCGGGUUCUUUGUCACACUUUUUCCUUGACCACUUGUUUGAGGAAAAUGGACACUCAUCCAUGUAUACGUGGAUAUUGAGCACUGGUUGGUGGAUAAACCGUGCACCUGUCAACCCAGAUGCUGUCAUUGUUGUUGGAUUGUUAUGCACUUGUUUAAUUGGUGGCUUCCUUUACAUCAACAGAGCAAGGUUGACAAAGUCCACCAGAAAACAAUCAUAUCAAUCCAUGAAACUUAUUUUGAUUAUAGCUAGCCUCUACUGCUUGUGGUGUGCAAGCCAAAUAUAUUGGGUGAAUCCUCGUCGGCCUGCAGUUGGUGAAGAAGCUGAUCUUGGAGUCCUCCUAUUUAUGGCCACAUAUUUUUUUCUUCCUCACUGUCUCUGUAUUUUGUCCAUGAACUCUGAGGAUCUUCGUACAGAGCAGCUCCCUCUUUAGUUGUAUUAUCAGCAUUGAGAAAGGUGAUCAUUGCUGCUCCCCUGCCAAUUAGAUAUACUUACUAUGUAUAGAGAAAGUUUACAGAUUGUUCAACACUGCAUCCUGUUAGGCAGCAUCAUAUUGCCUUGUGGAAUGGUACCACUAGAUUGUAAUGUGUUGUGGUUAAAUUGUUCGUUGCUUCUUGUUUUCCUGUAAGAGGGAAAUUUUGUAUGUGGAAAUAGUGUACAGACUCUUCAUACGAGUCUGAUACAGAAAGCCAUAGCUUCUGCCAUUGUGAGCACAUAUUUUCUUUGGCAUAUAUGACUAUAGUAACAAUUACUUUGCAUUAAGGAAAAUUUCUAAUAAUACUGGUGCGUUCAUUGAUUUAGCAUAUAUUAUGCUAAAAAAA